GGUUAAAACAUAAUUUGAAGCGUUUUCAUUGGACGUAAACAAACUCACCUCAGCCGUUACCUGUCAGACAAAACUAUGGGUAAACCCCGGUAGUCCGCGUGAGUGUGCAGCAUGGCUGAAGAAGGCGAGAAGAAACGAAUUCUCGAAAUGGUCCAAGCCGAUGGUUCUGAUGAGGGCAGUGUGACAUUUGUGAUGCAUGAUGAAGACCAUACCCUGGGCAACUCUCUGCGAUAUAUGAUCAUGAAAGACGAGUCUGUUGAGUUUUGCGGCUACACCAUCACCCAUCCAUCAGAGAACAAGAUAAACUUUCGGAUUCAGACACGAGAUGGAACUCCAGCCGUUGAGUCUCUGAGGAAGGGCCUGACUCAGCUCCGGGAUGUUUGUCAACAUGUUCUCACCACUUUUGAGAUCUCACAUUAAAGAGCACUUCAAAUAACCAGUACCACUACACACAGGCUCUUUCUUUUGGUACAUCAGGAGUCUGAUCCAAAAUGUGUGAAAAUCUUCAGAUCCAGGAAAGAUUCGGAGCGGCUUGGGGGGAACGUCACAUCUUAUGUUCGAUGUAUGCAAAGACGAGCUUUGAUGUUGUUCGGGUUAUUGUAGGAGCACUUUGAUGAAGCUGGGAUCACGUGACAGUCACCGCAUGACCACAAAAUGGAUAAUUUUCCUGGAAAACAACCAAUGUCUUUGUUUAACCGAGCUAAGACAGAUUAAUGAGACAUAAAGCAUUUGUCUCUUACAAGUGUCUAUACAUUGGCGCAGUUUCCUUAAGAAACAUACAAAUUCAUAUGCAAUGAAGUAAAGUUGAAACCAAGCAGUUAACCGCCCCCAAAGUGGUGGAAUUUAUCAAGCAACAUUUUCUGAAAAAAAUGAGUUAAAGUCAAAACCAUCACAUUGAAUUUUAAUGGCCCUGAACCGGUUGCCAGCCAAUCGCAGGGCACACAUAGACACACGACCACUCGCACUCCAUCUGGGCAAUUUGGACUGCUCAAUCAGCCUAUCAUGCAUGUUUUUGGGAUGUGGGAGGAAACCAGAGUGCCCAGAGAAAACCCACGCAGACACAGGGAGAACAUGCAAAUUCCACACAGGGAGGGCCGGAGGUGGAAUCAAACUCACGCCCUCUGAACUGUGAGGCGGACAUGCGGUAGAGGGGGGGCAGGAGUAAUUGAUUGACAAAACAAUUUUGUAGUUCAACCAAAAAUAUACUAAACACUUUGAUACCUAAACACUUAAAUGAUAUUUCAUAGUAAUGUUACCCUUAAAAACCAAUUGGCUUAUUUAUUUUGGAAAAAAGUCUGUACACAGUGACAAAUAAGUACAUUUACUUGAACACUUCAGGCUAAACUUUGAUUUUCCCCAACAUAGAAAAAUAUCGGACUCGUGAUCCAAAUAAUACUUGAAAGGGAUCACUGUCAUCUUCCUUAAGCGUCAGCGAGCACUGCUCAGAUGGCGCUUUUUGAACCCAUGACGGGGCCUCUCAGCAAGAGACCCUUGUGUCAUCGUUGUCGCAACUCAAGCUGAAUGUUCUCUUGUAUUA